ACUACUAAAUAAUAUAACGUACGAUCCCUAAUCUAAUCUUCCUCUCACAGCAAAACCAAAAAUGGAUUCUAGGAGUGACUCUUCCCCCCCUCUAUGCUUUUAAGAAAAUGAUUGAGCAAAAAAAGAAAGAUAAGAAGCAAUGGCCAAUACUUUAUCCACACCAUUCGGAGAUUAGCCACCAAACAAUAACAAUCUAAUGAUCUAUCCAAUGGAGAACCCUUCACACCUUCGGGGUCUAACCAAGAACUUGGGAUUCCAAUUCCAUAUCCCUUACAAUUUUACUAAAACUCCGACCAAGAUUUCAUCUAAUGACUUAGACAACACAUAUUGAUCGUUGUACACAAACAAUGUCGAUGUUUCACUCGUUCCAAUUACUAGAACUCAACAUAAUGUCCGCACAGGAACUAGCUCCCGUCUCCCGUAAAAUGAAGACGUACGCGGUGGCUUGGAUUCACUCCGAGCGUAAACUCACCACCCGCAUCGACUACUCCGGCGGCGCUAACCCAACUUGGAAUGACAAGUUCGUUUUCCGAGUCAGCGAGGAUUUCCUCUACGCAGAUACUUCAGCAGUAGUGGUUGAAAUCUACACCUUGCAUUGGUUCCGUGACGUUCACGUAGGCACAAUCCGUGUCCUCAUCAGCAACCUAAUCCCACCAAACCGUCGACCUGGAUACCGAAGCAACGACGAGUACCGCCAUACUCCACCUCUUAGGAUGAGAUUCGUGGCGCUUCAAGUUCGUCGGCCAUCUGGUCGUCCUCAGGGGAUAUUGAACAUCGGUGUGGGCGUCCUUGACGGAUCUAUGCGAAGUUUGCCGCUUUACUCGCACAUAGACAGGUCUGCCGUUGGUCCCAGAGACUUGCUUGGUGAAGAGGAUCCGCAUUUUCAUCUUAACAGCUUCAAAGAGAGCUCCAAGAAUCCACAAUCUCCAUUAUCGUCAUCGAAACAGUACCAAUCCAUAGUCUCUAAACCACUGUUGUUGCUCCGUCGUACGAGAAGUGAUACUAGCUCGAUGGUUGUUUCUGAUCUUCUGAACAGAGCUGAGCGGAGCCGUGUGGCUAAUACGAAGCCUGUGAGCAGCAAUUCGGAAACUACGACUACGACGUCGGGACACCAUACGACGACGUCGGACUUAGACGAUAACAAGUCUCCUUAUGAAACUCCUAAUAUUCCUAGGCAGAGAUAUGAUUCGUUCGAGCUAGAUUUCGUGGACCAAUUAAGCGAGAACUACAAUGUGAUACCGCCGAGAUGUGAGAGAUACGACGAGUCCUCAUCAUCACCUUAUCAAUUGUAUGAUAAUUCACGCAAAACUCCUAGAAGGUCAACAACGCCGAUGAUCGAGAAACCGAGGGAUUAUGACCGUAGCAGCAAUCGCGCUUCCUCGUACUUGUCAAAGCACGGAACGCCGUUGAGAUCAAACAUCGUCGCGUCUACUCCGGUCAGAUCUAACAUGGUUUCAUCUAGUCCUAUGCAAUCCACAUGCGUUCGAUCAACUCCAAGGAGAUCUAACUUCCUAGUGCCGACUCCGUUACGAUCUAACAUCGUCGGUUCUACUCCGAUCAGAUCUAACGUGGUUACAUCUAGUCCUAUGCGAUCUAAUAUCGUCGGAUCGACUCCGAUACAAUCUAACUACAGAUCAACACCGAUGAGAUCUAAUUUAGUUGGAGGAUUGAUUUUAAUCGAAUCCGAGUUAGGUCCGUCGUCUUCAGAAGUAGCAAAUAAGAAGGUGAAAGAGAGAUCGCAAAGCAACGACGCUGAGAGUUCGAUCCUCAGCGAGUGGAGCUUCGACGACGAUAGCAACAUUGAAUGUGUCCGCUCGAAACUCGAGCGGUGGCGGACGGAGCUUCCUCCGCUUUACGAUCUUGGAUCGAGUCAUCAAAGCAGCGAUGUAGGGAUGGAGAUUGUUCCAGUAUCGGCGAACGCAUGCGGAGGAAGGAAGAGCUCGAGACGGAAAACUCCGACGGCGAAGAAGAAGAAGCAUAACCGCCGGCACAGCGAGGGAGGAAACUAUAUUUUCUCGUGUUUUAGUAAUCUCUGCGGUGUUGGAUGCACUUUUGUUUGUGGAGGUGGGUCGGAUCAUGACGGGUCGAGAAAGAAAGGUGGGUCCAAGCGUCUGCCUCGUUUGGCCUCCGCUAAUGAUUUGAGUUAUUUGUAA